ACCGGUUUCAACCGGUCUUGCGUGUGAUGCAUGAGACUAGAGAAGAGCUGGGUCACAAAGCUCUCGCAGAUAUCUGCUUUAUAAACAACGUUUUUCUGCACGAGACAAACGAUUAACUGAUAAUAAACUAAAGAUUGGUUUAGAAGGUGCUUAUGAAACGGAAGGAGCAGUUGAAGCGAGUUGUGGACGAUUAUAUAGACAUAUGAGCAGCACGGGCUAUUGACUGAAAAAGGACUCGGAUUGAAUGACUGCAGAGAAUCAUUAAAAUAACGACACAAAUCCUGAAUUUGUGGGUGUUUUCAUACAUUGAGUGCUCUCCUCUUUAGUGUGCGUUAGGUAGGGAGCUAACACGCUAGCUAGCUGUUAAAGUGAACUUGCUGGAUACGUAUUUGGUUUUGAAUAGUUUUACACACUUGUGCUGUGUAAAAUGAAUUAAAUCAGACUCGUUUAGUUAUCUUUGUCUACCUUUUUCUGUUUGAUGCGGCGCGCGUUUCCAGGACAUAACACCAUUAACGUUACCCCAAUUUCUAAACCCGCUUAGUUUCGCUUUUGUUUCGGCGAAAUAAGGAGUAUUGCUUAAAACAGCUCUAUGCCGGCAGACAUGACCAUGUUGGCAGAUCACACAGCUCGACAGCUGCUAGAUUUCAGUCAGAAGUUGGACAUCAACCUGCUGGACAAUGUCGUCAACUCCAUGUACUAUGAUGUCGGAUCUCAGCAACGACUGGCACAAGAAGUCCUCACCAAUCUUAAGGAUCACCCAGAUGCCUGGACCAGAGUUGACACCAUAUUGGAGUUCUCCCAGAACAUGAAAACAAAGUAUUACGCUCUUCAGAUACUUGAGACAGUGAUCAAAACACGCUGGAAAGUUCUUCCACGGAAUCAAUGUGACGGAAUUAAGAAGUAUGUUGUGGGACUGAUUAUUAAAACGUCCUCUGAUCCUAACAGUGUAGAGAAGGAAGGAGUUUACAUAGCAAAGCUGAACAUGAUCCUGGUACAGAUCCUGAAGCAGGAAUGGCCGAAGCACUGGCCCACGUUCAUCAGUGACAUUGUGGGAGCGAGUCGCACCAGUGAGAGUCUGUGUCAGAACAACAUGAUCAUCCUGAAACUCCUCAGUGAGGAGGUGUUUGACUUUUCCAGUGGACAGAUGACUCAGGUCAAAGCCAAACACCUGAAGGACAGCAUGUGCAGUGAAUUUUCCCAAAUAUUUCAGCUCUGUCAGUUUGUUAUGGAGAAUUCCCAGAAUGCCCCUCUUGUCCAUGCCACACUGGAGACUCUUCUUCGUUUCCUAAACUGGAUUCCGUUAGGCUACAUAUUUGAGACCAAACUCAUCAGCACCCUAGUGUACAAGUUUUUGAAUGUCCCGAUGUUCAGGAACGUGACUUUGAAAUGUCUGACUGAGAUCGCAGGGGUCAGUGUCAGUCAGUACGAGGAGCAGUUUGUCAACCUGUUUACUCUCACCAUGACGCAACUCAAACAGAUGCUGCCACUAAACACAAAUAUCCGUCUGGCGUACGCGAAUGGAAAAGACGAUGAGCAAAACUUCAUCCAGAACCUCAGUCUGUUUCUCUGCACCUUCCUCAAAGAGCACGGACAACUGAUAGAGAAGAGGUUGAACCUCAGAGAGUCGCUCAUGGAGUCUCUACAUUACAUGUUACUGGUGUCAGAGGUGGAAGAGACUGAAAUCUUCAAGAUCUGUCUGGAGUAUUGGAACCACCUGGCUGCGGAGCUCUACAGAGAGAGCCCCUUCUCCACAUCAACCUCUCCACUCCUCUCCACUAGUCAACACUUCGAUGUGCCGCCCCGCAGACACCUGUACCUGCCCGUGCUCUCCAAGGUACGUCUGCUUAUGGUAAGUCGCAUGGCCAAACCCGAAGAGGUUUUGGUGGUUGAGAAUGACCAGGGUGAGGUGGUGAGAGAGUUCAUGAAAGACACAGACUCCAUCAACCUCUACAAGAACAUGAGAGAGACUCUGGUUUAUUUGACUCAUCUGGACUAUGCCGAUACGGAGAGGAUCAUGACAGAGAAACUUCAUAAUCAGGUGAACGGUACCGAGUGGUCCUGGAGGAACCUGAACAUGCUGUGCUGGGCCAUCGGCUCCAUCAGUGGUGCCAUGCAUGAGGAAGAUGAGAAGAGAUUCCUUGUCACAGUCAUUAAGGAUCUGCUGGGUCUGUGCGAACAGAAAAGAGGAAAAGACAACAAGGCAAUCAUUGCCUCAAACAUCAUGUACAUCGUUGGCCAGUACCCACGAUUCCUCAGGGCUCACUGGAAGUUCCUCAAAACUGUUGUUAACAAGCUCUUUGAAUUCAUGCACGAGACCCAUGAUGGUGUGCAGGACAUGGCAUGUGACACGUUCAUCAAGAUCGCCCAGAAGUGCAGGAGGCAUUUCGUGCAAGUGCAGGUGGGCGAAGUGAUGCCCUUCAUCGAUGAGAUCCUCAACAACAUCAACACCAUCAUCUGCGACCUGCAGCCGCAGCAGGUACACACGUUCUACGAGGCCGUGGGCUAUAUGAUCGGAGCGCAGACAGACCAGACCGUGCAGGAGCAGCUGAUUGAGAAAUACAUGCUCCUCCCCAACCAGGUGUGGGACAGCAUCAUUCAGCAGGCCACCAAGAACGUGGACAUUCUUAAGGACGCAGAGACCGUGCGCCAGCUGGGCAGCAUCCUUAAGACCAACGUGAGAGCGUGUAAGGCUGUGGGUCACCCUUUUGUCCUGCAGCUGGGCCGCAUUUAUCUGGACAUGCUCAACGUCUACAAGUGCCUGAGUGAGAACAUAUCAUCUGCUGUCCAGACAAAUGGUGAAAUGGUGACUAAGCAGCCCCUCAUCAGAAGUAUGCGAACUGUGAAGAGAGAAACUCUGAAACUUAUCUCAGGAUGGGUCAGCCGUUCCAAUGAUCCUCAGAUGGUUGGAGAGAACUUUGUUCCUCCUUUGCUGGAGGCAGUUCUCAUUGACUACCAAAGGAACGUUCCGGCUGCCCGGGAACCAGAGGUGCUCAGCACCAUGGCAACCAUCGUCAACAAGCUCGGAAGUCAUAUAACAGCAGAGAUUCCCAAGAUCUUCGAUGCUGUGUUUGAGUGCACCCUUGACAUGAUCAACAAGAACUUUGAGGAGUACCCUGAGCACAGGACACAUUUCUUCUACCUGCUCCAGGCCGUCACUUCCCAGUGCUUCCCUGCGUACCUGUCUAUCCCUCCUGCACAGUUCAAACUGGUGCUGGAUUCUAUUAUCUGGGCCUUCAAACACACCAUGAGAAAUGUUGCCGACACAGGGCUUCAGAUUCUGUUCACUCUACUGCAGAACAUCACACAGGAGGAAACGGCCGCUCAAAGCUUCUAUCAGACGUACUUCUGUGACAUCCUGCAGCACAUCUUGUCGGUUGUCACGGAUACAUCUCACACGGCUGGUUUGACGAUGCAUGCCUCCAUCCUCGCCUACAUGUUCAACUUGGUGGAGGAGGGUAAAAUAAGUGUAGCGCUGAACGCUAGCACCAACGUCAACAACCAAGUGUAUGUGCAGGAGUAUGUGGCCAACCUUCUCAAGACGGCCUUCCCACAUCUACAAGACGCCCAGGUGAAGGUGUUUGUCACGGGUCUCUUCAGCUUAAAUCAGGACAUUCCUGCAUUUAAAGAACAUCUCAGGGACUUCCUGGUUCAGAUCAAGGAGUUUGCGGGUGAGGACUCCGCAGAUCUCUUUCUGGAGGAGAGGGAGACGGCUUUGCGUCAAGCCCAGGAGGAGAAGCACAAACUUCAAAUGUCCGUUCCUGGAAUCCUCAACCCCCACGAGCUUCCGGAGGAGAUGUGCGAAUGAUCACCUGUACAGUUUUACACUCUUGAAAGAAAGAAAUGCUUCUGUAAAGAGGUUCAAUGAGGAAAACAAAGAAGAUGAACCAAAAUGGAUGGAUGUUUGUCGAACAAAUCAAUGCCAAUAUUGUCGCUUAUUAGCCCUGCCCCACGCCAUGACUCCUCCCACUCAGUCGCCACCCCUUGGUUUUACAUAACCAUGUUUUAUAUAGAAGGAACCCUUACUGUGUAACUCUUGUAUAUCAAUUAUUCCUUUUUCUGUUUGGUGUUUGGUUUAAGCAAAUCAAAAGUUUUAAUGUUUUCGCCGUUGCUCUUGACUUUUUCCAUCUAUCUGUGAAUAUGUAAUAUACAUGAGGACAGACAGUUGUUGCACAGGUAGACAGAGAUGUUCUCAGAUAGGGGCUUGCUAAGCUGUGCGGCCACAUGGUUUGUAUGUUCUACAGCAAAUGAAUGUUAUGCUUUAGGAUGAGUGGUGAUACUGCUCUUCUGUUCUGUUCUGGCCGGGGGAGUUUGUAGUGUGUGUGUGUAUAUUUUUCUUCUUCAGUUUGCAGUAUUUGUGAGAGUUUGUGCUAUAAAAUAUUUUUUUUGCCUAACAGAGGGUCUGUUCACGUCCUAUUUGUAAAGUGUAUUAGUACUAUGGAAACAAAGUUGGUUAUUUUUACAAAGCGUUGUUUUUUUUUAAUCUGUCAUAUAGGACUCAUUUAACUUAAGAACCUUGUUAAUUGUGCACAUUCUAAGGACUGUAUAUUUCUGUAAAUAUACAAUUGAACCUUUUUGCAUUAA